ACACACACACACACACAGCACACACACUCACCCACCCUUCUCCCCACAGUCACAUGCCCAGCGGAGCCCCAGGUGGAGAGGUUUGGAUCUUACGGCGGGUUUGAGAGGGUGGAUCAGGGGUGGCUGGUGAAGGAUUCGGUGGUUCAGCUCCGACUCUGCAACUCCAGCCUGUACAACGAUCCCGUCAUGCUGUUCAAGAAGAAAUACCAGGAUAAGAAGGUGCGGGUGAAGGUGACGCCUGUGGAACUUGACUCCAAUAGCCCUCAGGAGCCGCACGUCGAGGAGAGCACAGACUUCGACCUGUCCAACCUGCGCCUGAACUCCAAGCCCAUCUGGCCCAUUAUGGAGGUGGCGGUGAUGAAGGAGGAGCUCUGCAAAUUCCGUACGCAGGAGCAGUUCGGCGUCGUCUGCAACAAUGGAGAUUACGUGGUCUUCCAGUGUCGCAUGCUCAAGCCGGAGACAAACAUGUUCCUGUGCGACUUCUACGUCGACGAGGGAGAGGACACUCCGAGGUACCUGGGCUGCUCCUACAUCCUGCCGUCCAACCUCAAGGAGAACUAUGGGGUGGCCACGCUGCCCAUCACCUCCCCCAAGCAUGCACCCAUCGGACAGCUGACCGUCCACUACAUGGUUGUGUACCCCAUGGACCACGGCGGGGACAUGAGUGUGUCCUACACCCGCCACUGGAAGGACAGCUGGAAGGGCCUGGAGGUGGGCCACAGAGGAGCUGGGAAUUCCUACCACUCGGAGCCUAAGAGCUGCGCCAACAUCCGGGAGAACACAAUCGCCUCACUGAAAUACGCCGCGGAGAAGGGCGCAGACAUGGUGGAGUUUGACGUCCAGCUCAGCAAGGACCUCGUGCCUGUUAUCUACCACGACUUCCACGCCUGCAUCGCCCUCAAGCGGAAGAAGGAACAGGACAAGACGGACCUUCUGGAGAUACCCAUUAAGGACCUAACACUCCAGCAGCUUCAGGCUCUCAAGGACAUGCGACACCUUACCGAGGGCAUCCCGAGCGACAUCCUCUCUUACUGCGACCAAGAGGAUAUGGUGUACCACAAGAAGGAGCAGGGCCUCAGUAAGUUCCAGGAUGAGGACUUUGAGGAUCACCAGCCGUUCCCUACACUGCAGAAGGCCCUGGAGGUUGUCCCGCAUACCUGUGGCUUUAAUGUAGAAGUGAAGUGGACCAUGCAGCUGAGAGAUGGAACCUAUGAGCUGCAGCAUCCCUUUGAACUCAACCACUUCCUUGAUCUGAUUAUUAAGAUGAUCCUCGAACACUCCAGCAAGCGCAAGGUAGUGUUCUCGUGCUUCCACCCCGAUAUCUGCACGAUGAUGCGUCUCAAGCAGAACCGCUACCCCGUCAUGUUCCUAACCCAGGGCGUGUCCGAGGUGUGGCUGCCCUAUGAGGACCAGCGCUGCUCCACCAUACACCAGGCCAUCCUGUACGCCACCAACGCUGACAUCCUGGGCAUCAACGUCCACACAGAGGACCUGAUGCGGGACCCCAGCCAGAUCAACGCAGCGGAGGAGAACAACCUCAUCGUGUUCUGCUGGGGCGACCACAACAAUGACCAGGAAAACAUCAAGUUCCUCAAGAAAGUCGGCCUGCAUGGCAUUAUUUACGACAAAAUCGACGUCUACAACACCAAGGACAAGAAGGAGAGUGUAUUCCUGUGUGAGGAGAGGGAGGCGACCGAAACCCUAGUCGGGGGAGGCACAAAGGGGGACGAGGAGAUGCCCGCCCCCACAACCUUACCCCCACCCCCCCCAGCAGCAGGGCGGGGGGUGCAGGAGAGCAGUGGAGGGGGUGAGCACUCCUUCAAUGGUGUGGUUCCACUGCCAACGUCCUUUACCGGCAUACUGUCCAACUGAGUGAGAGAGAGAGAGAUGUCUUGUAUAAAUUUCUAAAGUUAGUGUUAAGUAAGGAGUUAGAAUAUAUUAAAGGAGAUCCAGGUAAAUAAAAAUAAAGAGAGGUUGUGUAAAUUUUUCUAGAUAAGUCCUUAUGAGCAGCGAAGAGGAGACGCGAGAGUAACGGUAUGGAAUACAGUCGUCCCUCCAAUAGUAUGGUUUCGGUUUUAUACAGAUUGUCAUGAAGAUCUUUUAGGAUUUUUAAAUUUCCUGCUCGUCGCGAAAUCCUGCUCGUCGCGAAAUUUUAAAAUCCUAAAAAAUCUUCUUCGAAAAUCCACAUAAAACCAAAACCGAACUAUUGGAAACCGUACUAUUUGAGGGUCGACUGUAACUUGAAUGUAUGGACAGGUUGAGUGUGAAAGUCCUUUGCAAGAAUGAAAGAAAAACAUACCAAGAAAACAAAAGAAUUACAUGCAUAUUGAGGGAGUGCGUAUUGAGAUGCAAGAGGAAUAAAAGAAUGA